AUGUCAAGCCCGACCAUCCCCACCGGUGAAGCUCGACCAUGGAUUCUCUCUUUGGAAGUGCGAUUCGCUAUCAAAACCAUGAAACCUGGCACAGCCCCUGGACCUGACUUUCCAACAGCAGACCUUCCUCGAGCUAAGGUUUGCCAGGAAUACCGCCUGCCCCUUGUUCUAACCUUCGUCGACUAUGAGCAAACCUUCGACAACGUAGAAAUGGAUGAAAUACUGUCAACGCUGGCCGAUCAAGGCGUGGACGCGUCGUAUGUGAGGACAAUAUUAUGUUUGGACGCGUUGCUUCAAAUUCAUCUUUUCACUCUACCUGGUUUCAGACUAAAUUGUAGAGUAGAGGAAUCUAAUGAGUGUUACCAGCAUCUCUGUAGACUUGUUAACAAACAUUCGACAUCCGAGUGUCCCGGAAUCUGUCGAUUCACGGCGGCAGAAUACUAUAGAAUCAGCGCUGUAGGCCUCGAAGAAGGAGGCAGAAUGCCUUCUGAAAUUUGCAUGAACCCUGCUUGGAUUACAACUGCGACUCCAACUCCAACAACGACAGAAGCAACAAUGCGGUUGCGCGCGGCCCGCUCAAUCCCGAAUUUCAGGGACCUAUAUAUGGAUUCCACCGCUUGCAAAAGACUUUGCGAAAAAUUAUUCAAUAGAAUUGUUAAAAGGUCCUCUUCUUGUACUCCACGCAAUGACCGUAGAUGUUUUUUUGAAAGUUGUCAAGGUGUAAUUGGUAGCGUCGCUGCCACAGAUGAUUAUAAUGAAUGUCCUUCUAUAUGUGAUUCUAUGUCAAAUGGAAUGCAUUAUCUUCAUCUGCCUGUGCUGCUGACUCUGAACGAAGUUAGAAAUAUUUGCAAGACCCUUCAUUUCCAAGAGAAGGCUAGAGAGCCUCAAAGAGCAACGGGAAGAAAAUCAGCAGUGACCUAUCCAAAAAAAGAAGUUUCGGAUUGCACAGAGCUAUGUGAAACCGUACUUCCUGAAACUCUUAAACCUUUUAAAUACUUUUGUCCUGAUGGAGGAAAAAAAUAUAACCCUUGUGUUCUCAGUUCUUGUAAGGGCGUUAUUAACGGAACACUGAUGUACGAUGGCCAAGAUGCCAAAGAUGCUUGCUCGAAACUGUGUUCAUCCAUGGCGUGUGCAAUGCGUGGCCGAAACAUGGAUAAACAACAGUUUGGUGAAGAACAGAUUCGCAAACUUUGUUUAGAAAUUGCACCGUCAGUAAGGACUUCAAAGCCUCCAAGAACAACAGCAGUAACCUAUCCAUACAAAGAAUUUUCCAAUUGCGAAGAAUUAUGCGUGUACGUAUUUCCUAGAACUCUUAAACCUUUUAAAUACUUUUGUCCUGAUGGAGGAAAAAAAUAUAACCCUUGUGUUCUCAGUUCUUGUAAGGAGGUUAUUAACGGAACACUGAUGUACGAUGGCCAAGAUGCCAAAGAUGCUUGCUCAAAACUGUGCUCAUCCAUGGCGUGUGCAAUGAGUGGCCGAAACAUGGAUAGACAACAGUUUGGUGAAGAACAGAUUCGCAAACUUUGUUUAGAAAUUGCACCUUGCAAAGAGCUAUGUGAAAUCGUACUUCCUAAAACUCUUAAAUCUCAUGAGCACUUCUGUCAAGAUGGAGGAAAAAAUUAUAACCCUUGUGUUCUCAGUUCCUGUAAGGAAGUUAUUCACCGAACAGUUAUGGACGAUGGCCGAGAUCCCAACGAUGCUUGUCCCAAAAUGUGUUUGUCCAUGGCAGCCUCAAUGCUUGGCCGCAACAUGAAUAGACGACUGUAUGGAAAAAAAAACUUUAUUGAAUUUUGUUCGAAAAAUCUAUCGUCUGGGAGCACUGCCAAGUCUCCAAUAACAACAGCUAUCCAAAGGACCUAUCCAAAAGAAAAGUUUUCUAAUUGCAAAGAGCUAUGUGAAAUCGUACUUCCUAAAACUCUUAAAUCUCAUGAGCACUUCUGUCAAGAUGGAGGAAAAAAUUAUAACCCUUGUGUUCUCAGUUCCUGUAAGGAAGUUAUUCACCGAACAGUUAUGGACGAUGGUCGAGAUCCCAACGAUGCUUGUUCCAAAUUAUGUUCGUCCAUGGCAGCCGCAAUGCUUGGCCGCAACAUGGAUAGACGACUGUUUGGAAAAGAAUACAUUAGCGAAUUUUGUUCGAGUAUUGACCACAAAGACCACUACCAAGCCUUCGGCAGAUAUAUUUGA